AUGAAGUUCACCCCAGUUUCUGUUGCGCUUCUCAGCGUUGCCGGUGUUGCAAUUGCGCAACCACACAACCAUCAACACCGUCACCCAGCUAGAGCAAACAAGGUCGCACGCGAUAACACUGUCGUCUCUGUGACAGAGGUUAUGCCAGGUCCAGUCGAGACGGUCUACAUGCUCAAUGGAAAAGAUAUCUCCUUGGCCGAAGUUCAAGACGGAUUGAAAUCUGGAAAAUACAUUUUAGUUGGAGAUGCUGUCGAAGAUGCCCCUUCUGCUACUAACUGGUACACUGGAUCCCCAUCGGUUGCGUCCACAUCAGCUGCUGCUUCAACCACUCCAGCAGCUACUUCCGCCAGUUCGAUCAUCAAGGCUGCCGCGGAGUUCAUUGAGGUUUCCUCAUCUUCCUCUUCUACCAAGGCCGCAUACACCUCGAAAUCAAGCGCUGCAUCAUCCACUUCAGAAUCAAGCUCUAUCGCCUCUGUGACCUCUACCAGUGCUGCUGCUGCCUCUUCCUCGGCCAGUAGCUACAGUUCUUCUGACAGCUCCACUUCCUCUAGCAGUUCCGGCAGCUGGGACGACUUUCCAAGUGGCACAAUCCCUUGUUCCACUUUCCCAUCCAAGUAUGGCCCAGUUGCUGUCGAUUACCUUGGGUUAGAUGGAUGGAUCGGUAUCCAAAGCACCCCUGGUUACACCACCUCUGCUUCCUCGAUUGUUACUAUUAACACGCUUACCAGCGGUGGAUGUGUGAAGGGCGCUUUCUGCUCGUAUGCCUGCCCAGCGGGAUACCAGAAAUCUCAAUGGCCUACCGCACAAGGAAGUACUGGUGAAUCCAUCGGUGGUCUUUACUGCAACUCCAACGGCAUGCUCGAGUUGUCCCGAACUACCACCAAGCAACUUUGCAUUGCUGGAUCUGGAUCCGUCAAGGUUGAGAACAAGCUCGACAGCGUUGUUGCUGUUUGCCGUACUGAUUACCCUGGUCUCGAAGCUGAGACCGUUCCAUUGGCAACCUCCCCUGGCCAAACCUAUGACUUGACUUGCCCAGAUGCCAGUAGCUACUACUCAUGGGAAGGACUUCCAACUUCCGCACAAUACUACAUUAACCCACAAGGAGCUUCUACCUCUGAAGCUUGUGUUUGGGGUACUUCGGGUGGAAACCUUGGUAACUGGGCUCCUGUCAAUGCCGGUGUUGGAAGAGAUGCCUCUGGUACCACUUGGUUGUCAAUCAUCCCCAACACCCCAACCAACACAUACGGCACCUUGAACUUCACCAUCACCAUCGAAGGUGAUGUCUCCGGAAAAUGUUCGUACUCAUCUGGAACAUACUACAACAAUGGUGUUGAGUCCUCAACAGGUUGCACCGUCUCUAUUCUCUCGGGCGGAACCGCUACAUACGUCUUCUCAUCAUAG